GAAUGCGCAGAUAGAGCACAGAGUACAGUACGGGCAGUAGCCGCAGUAGGCAGUACGGUGUCACACGAUUAUACAGUUCAAUGAACAGAGUAGAACGUGAAAUCAGUACGUAAUGAGACGUGAUUAGUACAAAGUUCUGAAGGCAAUUAGUCGUACACGAUUCCAGAGAUACUCAGAGAGAGGGAAGAUAUAACUGAAGGAAUUCAGUGCCGGACUCGUAAACUCGAAAUAGUAGAUACUACUUGUACACAGCCAUAAGAGAGGCCGCUGGGCGUUCUUCAGUUGCAUCAUCGAGUUUGAAUCGUUCGUUGGAGUAGCAUGUCAUAACCGUUUUCUGUGUGUGAACGCAUCUUCCUCUCAGUCAGUUGAUUACGAACUUUCACCGAGAUCGAUCUUCAUUUGAAAAUGCGCGAGUGUAUAUCCAUUCACGUCGGGCAAGCUGGUGUUCAAAUUGGAAACGCUUGUUGGGAACUUUACUGUCUGGAACAUGGAAUACAGCCGAACGGACAAAUGCCAUCCGAUAAGACGAUCGGCGAUGAUAGCUUUAGUACCUUUUUCUGCGAGACAAGUGCCGGGAGACAUGUACCCAGAGCAGUGUUCGUCGAUUUGGAACCCACCGUAAUCGACGAAGUCCGUACCGGAACAUACAAGCAUCUGUUUCAUCCGGAACAAUUAAUCACCGGGAAGGAAGACGCGGCAAACAAUUACGCUCGCGGUCAUUACACGAUCGGGAAGGAGAUCGUCGAUCUGGUAAUCGAUCGAAUACGCAAACUGUCGGAUCAAUGUGCGGGAUUACAGGGAUUCCUAAUUUUUCACUCGUUCGGCGGCGGUACCGGUUCGGGAUUCGCUUCCUUGUUGAUGGAACGUCUCUCCGUUGAUUAUGGGAAAAAAUCAAAAUUGGAAUUCGCGAUUUAUCCGGCUCCGCAAAUUUCCACAGCAGUUGUCGAACCGUACAAUUCCAUUCUCACUACACACACUACUCUCGAACACUCAGACUGCGCUUUCAUGGUGGACAACGAGGCGAUUUACGAUAUUUGCCGACGUAACUUGGACAUCGAACGACCAACUUAUACCAACCUUAAUAGACUGAUCGGACAAAUUGUUUCUUCGAUAACGGCUUCGCUGCGUUUCGACGGAGCCCUCAACGUAGAUCUGACCGAGUUCCAGACGAAUCUGGUUCCUUACCCACGAAUUCACUUCCCUUUGGUCACUUAUGCCCCGGUAAUAUCCACGGAGAAGGCGUAUCACGAGCAACUUUCAGUUUCGGAGAUCACGAACUCUUGCUUCGAGCCAGCCAAUCAAAUGGUGAAAUGCGACCCCAGGAACGGCAAGUACAUGGCCUGUUGCAUGUUGUACAGAGGAGACGUCGUUCCCAAAGACGUGAAUUCCGCGAUACAAGUAAUUAAAACGAAACGAUCGAUACAAUUCGUCGAUUGGUGUCCCACUGGGUUCAAAGUCGGUAUCAAUUAUCAACCACCCACCGUUGUCCCGGGCGGCGAUCUGGCUAAAGUACAACGCGCCGUCUGUAUGCUGUCCAACACGACCGCCAUCGCCGAAGCAUGGGCGCGCCUCGAUCAUAAAUUCGAUCUGAUGUUUGCCAAGAGAGCCUUCGUUCAUUGGUACGUGGGCGAAGGUAUGGAGGAGGGCGAAUUCUCUGAGGCUCGCGAGGAUCUUGCCGCUCUCGAGAAGGAUUACGAAGAAGUCGGAUUGGAUUCGGUCGACGCAGAGGAUGAAAACAACAGCGCCGAAUACUGACAUUAAUACUCGCCUCCAUCCCUUUUCGAAAUCCACGCACCGAUGUAUAUACAUAGCACAUGAUGUAUACCUACCUAGUAUACCUAAAUACCUACGCGUGAACAUUGAUCGUAAAGCGCAACGAGAGAUAGGGGAGCGGAAGGGAGGGGGUUCGUCAGAAUCGAAGUCGAGAAACGAUCGGAACAUGCGACAUGCAAGUUUCGCGAUUCCUUUUUUUCUCUCGUCGAUCAUUAAAUACUUGUAGAUGUACACACACUUCAUUUUCAGUUGUUUCUUAUCACUUAGCUUCGUUUCUUUUCUCUUGUUUUUAUUGCAUUACACAAAUGGGGCUGGGGAGGCAAAAUUAAAUAGCGGAUUAAAUAGUUCAGCGCGACGCUUUAACAAAUUAAAAACGUAAAAACAUUAACAGUACAAUAUAGUUUCUUAUCGUAGACGUAAUGCGAUGGCAGUCUUGAGUCCUGGAAAGAUGCUGUGAUUGUUGCACGGUUAUUUCAAUUUUUCUUAAUUUUUGCCUUCUAUCCUCUAUAUAAUUCCUAUUUCCUAUGUUCCUUAUUUUUUCCUCUUCUCUUCCUUACAUCAUUCAUUUUUUAUCAUUCGUCUUCGGUAUAUGUACUUUUUAAUUCGCUUUGCGAUCUCCGACUCUUCUGUCUCGCGUUAGAAUCUUCGUUCGAUAAUAUUGUUCUUUUAUUUGCGAUAAGCUUUUGCUCGUGGCAGUGUCUGAAAAAAGAAAACAGUAAAACAAAUUUUAAUAGAUUGCGGCUGGCGCGCAUUUUAUGUUACGCGAAUAAACGGCGAAUCGCACGCAUGUUCGAACAAUACACGCGAUCUCGUCUGACCGACGACGAUAUAGCGCAUAUACCGUCGAAGCGACUAUGAUUCUAUCCGCCUACGAGAGAUGAGUACUAAAUUUGCUGCGUUUCUAUGCGUAUUACACGGUAGCGCGUCGGCAACUCCUCUACUCUAACAAUAAGGAUGAAAAGAACGAAGAAAGAGAGACCACCUCUUGGCAUAAAAAAUCUUCAGCCUACCUUUCUUCGAGCAUCCCUUUUCCUAGUACAGUAUUUCCAGACGGUACGGUAGUGAUUGAGGGUAAAUGUCGCGAUGUAAUCUAGCUCGAGCGAACGGAAACAGCCGGGUCUACACAACUUUAUUAUAACCGUCGUACUUUUAUUAAUCUCUCGCGCGAUCACUCGUACGGGAUACAACACAGGAUGGUACACAACGUGUCAUGUUCACCAAACGGAAGUAAAACGAAUUGUAAAACAAUGAAUCAAGAUAAUAAUAAACUGAGUGCGAAUAAAGAUAUCAGUUGAAA